AUGUCGGACUUCUUCCGCAGAGCAUCUGACGCGCUACAGCAUCGCCAGCGUCAAGGCUCUACUGACUCAAUGGAUGCACCCCAGUCUCCUGACGCAGCAAAGUAUCCUGAACAAGACAAGAUCAAUCAGAAGGUUGAGCCUAGCCAAUCUGACUCUCGCCCUAACGAGGUGGUAGCUGGUAAAGCAGCUGGCAAUGAAGCUCAUCCGAAACAACACCGCUAUUGGGUCUGGGGACACCACCAGGGAAAUAAACCCCUGGAAAAGCAGCAAUCCAACCAGGACCAGAAGGAUGAUACAGAUUGGGUCAUUGGCUCGUAA